AUGCUUCGUAUCGUCUCCCGCUUUGCACCGACUUCCAAGCACGUGGUACAACGUGCUGCCAAAUCGUUUGUCGGGUCCAUGGUUGGUCAUGGAUUGCAAUGCCACUGCAAUUUAUGCGCACCAAGCCAUUGGCGGCACUUUUCAGUGCAAUCGCAAACGCACUAUGACAUCCCAAAGACACAGACAGCCGUCAUGUAUGAGACGGAAGGUGCGCCGCUUCAAGUUCGGGAUGAUUGGCCAGUAGUGCAACCUCAAGACCUCAAACCUGGUGAAAUCCUUGUUCGCAUUGCUUAUAGCGGCGUGUGCCAUUCGGAUGUAAUCAUCUGGGAAGAUGUAAACACUGUUAUCAAGAAGAAAAUGCCAUUGGUUGGUGGCCAUGAAGGUGCAGGCUACGUAGCUGCCAUUGCCGAACAUACAACGACAAACCUCAAGGUCGGCGAUCCUGUAGGCGUCAAGUGGCUGGCAAAUUCGUGUUUCGAUUGCGAGGAUUGCCGCAAAAACCAUGAAACUACAUGUGAGAGUGCCAUCAUGCACGGCUGUGGCGUGGACGGCUCAUUCCAGCAGUGGUGUGUGUCAUAUGCAGGGCAUGUGACUCCCAUCCCACACGGAUACAAUCUAGCAGCAGCAGCACCUCUGCUUUGCGCCGGAGUGACGGCAUUUUCUGCUCUCAAAGAAUUUGGUGGUGCUCCAGGCGAGUACGUCGUCAUUCCUGGUGCUGCUGGAGGAUUGGGGCAUCUUGCUUGCCAGUAUGCUCGGGCGAUGGGAUACAAAGUGAUUGCAAUCGACUCAGGUGAUGACAAACGAAAGUUCCUGGAGGGAUACGGCAUCAAACAUUUCAUCGACUUCAAGAACGACGACGUGGUUGCACAAGUGAAGGCAAUCACUGGUCGAGGAGCUCAUUGUGCAUGUGUUGUAACCGACACGUCGUCUGCAUAUGUGGAUGCGCUGCGGUACAUUCGUCCUCAUGGCACCGUGCUAGUGGUGGGCAUACCCUUGGGCGCUAUCUUGCCGGUACCAAUCGAGCCGACUGCUGCGUUCGCGCACCGCAUCAUUGGCAUACAUGUGGGCAAUCGGCAGGACUCCAUUGAGACGGUGAACCUUGCAGCGGAUGGGACGGUAAAAACGUUUUACAAUAUUGAACCACUCAGAAACCUGCCCGACGUUUUUAAACGUUUGAAGGCUGGUACGCUACUCGGUCGCACCGUGUUGGAUUGUCAGUAG